CACAACCGACUCGAGGCGACUGAAGACAUGUCUGCAGAGGAGGAGCUCCACAGUCCCUCACUUGGUCUAACCUCCUCCGGGGAGGGUAUUCCAAUGAAUGUGUGUGAUUUAGACAACAGUGAUGAUCUGGGAGGAAAGAGCAGAGCUCAGAGCUGUCUCCACGUAGAACCCUCAGAGUCUGAGAUCAGAAGCUUCAGAAGACAGAGCUCCUUCCUACAAACACUGAUGGAUGCAGAAGCAGCUGCCAACUCAGCUGUAGUACAGCUUUUGUCUUUUCAAGAUGCUGCGGAGGAGGAAUUGGCUUGUGCCAAAGACAAGCAGUGGAUUGCAAGACAGGUUCAACUCCUCCUGGACAAGUUGAAGGAUUUUAGAAAAGUCAACAAAUCUGUGCGUCAGGGACUGAAACAGCUCCAGGAUUCAGAGGCUGAUCGAAGUGAGGUGGACCAUCAGAUGGUCGUCCUGCAGAAGAAGAUUCAACAGGCUGAGAGUGAAAAUGAGCAUCUGAAGAAAGACUUGAGUGAAACUCAGCAGAGAGUGAAUCAGCUGAUGGAUCUUCACAAGGAAGAACAGGAAAACAUCAAGAGCGCGGUCCACAUCACCAAGUCGGUGGAGGCAACUCGCGCUCAUCUGCAGGGGCAGCUGCGAAACAAGGAGGCUCAAAACAACCGGCUCAGCAUCCAGUUGAGGACUCUGGAGAGGACGGUGGUCGAGCAGAAGCUGCAGAUUGCCGAUCUGAGAGCGUCCGUCGCCUCCGCGGGUGAGAAGGCGGCGCAGGAGAAGGAAUCCCUGAAGAAGGCCGCCAGAGCUCAGAAGCUGCGAGCCGAGAGGUUCGAAGUCGCCGUGGAGAAAUGCUACGCUCAGCUGAGGGAGAAGGAUUCUCAGCUGUCCAAAGCCCGUGAAGACGCAGAGUCCAGCAGGCUGCAGGCCGAGCGGGAGGCGGAUGAGAAGGACAAACUCUGUGCUCUGGCCGACUCCCUGAACAGGCAAAUUGCAGAGCUGACGGCGAGGCUGCAGGAGACGGACAGGCUAACCGGAGACCUCCACGUUAAUAAUGCACUGCUCAAGAUCACAGAGCUGGAAGCCGAGGUUGACGAAUGGAGGAUAAAAUACAUGGAUCUUGUGAGUGAGACGGAGAAGUGGCGGGAAAGAAAGGAGGCCGAAGUGGAUCAGGCGAGGCGGGAGCUGCAGGGCCGAGCAGACGAGCUGAAGGCGCAGCGCCGGUCACUGAGCGACACCGAGCAGAGCCUCUCCGACUGCUGGCUCCACCUGCAGCGCCUGGAGAGGAGCAGCUCAGAAAAGGCCCAGUCCAUUAGACAACUGCAGGCUCAGAUGAAGAGCGAAGCCGAACUGCUGAGCUCCUCCGAGGAAAUGAAAGGCUCCAUUCAGGAGGCCAACUCACAGCUGCAGGAGCACGUCCACUCCCUCCAGAAGAGGAUGGACAUGCUGCAGCUGGAGAACCUGGAGCUGGUGCGGAGGCUGGCGGCUCAGGACGAAGCUCUGGGCUGCAGCAGCCGGCAGCUGGACCGGCGGUCCUGUGAGUGCCAGGCCCUGAACCGGCAGCUGGAGGCGGCUUUGGCAGACGUCAGGCAGCAGGUCAUCAGGGUGAAGGAGCAGGCGGCGUCCAGAGAAGAAGCUCUGCAGAAUAAGAUCCUGCAGCUGGAAGCCGAGAGGAGCCGGAGGCUGGACGAGCUGAGGCUUCUGCGUCACAGCAAAGUCACGGCGCAGAAGCAGUUCGAGGCUCGUCUGAAGCAGCUGCAGCUCAGCCUGGACCGAUCCGAGAGCCACAAGCAGAGCAUCCAGAACUACCUGGACUUCCUCAGAAAGUCUUAUCGGACCAUAUUCAGCGAAGGGUGAUGAACGCCACCUUCUGCAGUGGACGGUCAGCAGUUUAUAUGGCGUUUUAAGGCGGCAAUGGGAGGAGACGGAGCAAAACUUGGAACCAUUGUCACGAGUGAAGAUGGGAAACAGAUGACACUGAAUGAAAGAGAUUUCCUGCAUCAGAGAAAGGUGCAGUGUCUUCUCUGCUGGACUGAGAUGAGACACACGGCGCCUCAACUCUUAUCAUGAAACACUGGGUCACUGAUCACUGUGGGAGAUGUUUUAUAUUCCCAGACUGGACUGCACCUCCGUCGUCUGCAUGAAUCUUCCCGUCCUUCAGUUUUAGUUCGGAUCUGUGCUCAUAAACCUCUGUUGUGUCCUUGUUCUCUCGACAAAGCUGCAUUGUGUCGGACCAUCGUGGGGAUGGAAGCAUUUCAUCAACGCCUCCUCUCUCUUUAUCCUUUACGUAAUGAUGCUGAGCGCUCGCGGAAUUUUCUUUUCCGGUUUGUUAGUAUAACUAUGACUCCUCCUGACCUUUCUCCUCCAACGAGCUCGAUGACCAAUGUGGUUUUCAAAAAUCAGUUGUUGGAUCAAAGUCCCAAACGGCACACAGACGUCUGUAUAAACUGUUAUUACCUCAUUAGAUUGAAGAAAUCCUCACAUAGUCAUAUUUUCCUCUGAGUUAGCCAACUUAAAUCUUUAAUGUUGCACACAGUUUGUUUCAUUCUAUUUAUUUCAGAAGAGUUUCAAUAUAAAAUAUCAAGAUUUGGCAGUUGAAAGACAAACUUAAGAAUCUAAAUUCAACAAUCUUCACAAACAAAACGAACAAGUGAAAACAUGGUUUGACAAUAAAGGUCAUG